AUGCAUGAAGCAUGCAAAUCGAUCUCAAUUCGAGAUUCUGGUCCACAACAAUCUCUUCUUUCUAUAUUAUCAAUUGAGCUCCUACAACGAGAUGAGAGUGUAUCUAGCGAUAGUGGUUAUUGUGAAGAAAAGUUUUCGGAUACAAAAUACGAGGCAUCAUCCCGAUCGAACCGACCAUUUGCGGCAUACCGACAAGCCACCCCACUUUUGCCUAUAACCAGUGGCCUUGCAAAGCUUUGCAUAGCAAGUGUUAAAACUUUGAUCAGUCAAAUUUUUCGCAUUCCACACCAUAUGCCCGAAAGUACAAAGUCUCUAGAAGAUUGA